AUAUUAUUGAAAGUUCUCUGUAUUUUUCAUAUAGGUGAAAGUGAGCUGCAGUUAAAUUAUUACUCAAGCAGUUGUCCUAGAGCCGAGGAAAUAGUCAAACAAGAAGUCACAAAACUCUUCCAACAACGUAAGAACACUGCUAUUUCUUGGCUUAGAUAUCUCUUCCACGACUGCAUGGUUAAGUCGUGUGACGGGUCAUUCUUGUUGACGAAGAGUGAGGGAGUGGAAGCAGAGGUGGAUUCCCCGAGGAGCUUUGGCAUAACAGAUUUCAGGUAUUUUAAUCAAAUCAAAGAAGCCGUAGAGAAGGAAUGCCCAUCCACUGUGUCUUGCGCUGAUACUCUUGCCCUUACUGCUAGAGAAGCUAUUGUCUUGUUAGGAGGACCACGCGUGGACAUGAGAACGGGACGAAGGGAUGCCUUGCAAAGUUAUGCGAAAGAGACUGUAGACUAUAUACCAAAUCACAACGACCCCAUUUCCUUGGUGUUCUCCCGCUUUCAGAAUAUUGGCAUUGAUGCUGAAAGAACUAUUGCCCUUUUAGGAGCUCACUCUGUUGGUCGAGUUCACUGUAUGAACAUAGUACACAGGCUCUACCCAACAGUGGAUCCAACGUUGGCUCCAGAACAUGCUGAAUACCUUAAACGCCGGUGCCCGGAACCGGACCCAAGUCCGAAGGCAGUGGAGUAUGCAAAGAAUGAUCUUGAAACGCCAUUUGUCAUUGAUAACAAUUAUCACAAGAAUGUCUUAAACCACAAGGCACUACUAGAGAUAGAUCAACAAUUGGCUUCAGAUCCAACCGCGCUUCCCUUCGUGGAGAAGAUGGCUGCAGAUAAUGGUUAUUUCCAUGAGCAAUUUGCAAGAGCCAUUUUCCUAUUAUCAGAGAAUAAUCCACUUCAAGGUGAUGCAGGAGAGAUCAGAAAGGAUUGCCGCCACGUCAACAAAAUAUUGUAA